AUGCGGCCACUUCUCAACUCAGCGGCAGAUGCCAUCGGCUGCACACCUCUCGUGCGUCUAGAUCGCAUCACGUCCUCUCUCGGACUCGACGGAACUAUCGUUGCCAAGCUCGACUACCUAAAUCCCGGAGGAUCGAAAAAAGACCGUGUCGCGUUCGGCAUCAUCGAAGAAGCAGAGAGACUGGGCACACUCAAGCCCGAGCAAGCGGUCGUCGAGCUCACGAGUGGCAACACAGGAACUGGCCUCUCGAUCGUCUGCGCAAUCAAAGGCUACAGAUUCAUCGCCGUCAUGUCUAAGGGGAACUCCAUCGAACGUGCUCGCAUGAUGGCGGCUUUGGGCGCUGAGGUCGUUCUCGUUGACCAAAUGCCUGGUUCGAUACCGGGACAGGUUUCAGGCCCGGACCUAAGACUUGUCGAAGAGAAAGCGAAGCAGAUCGAAAACGAGCUCGGGGCCUUCCGUGCUGACCAGUUCACACGCGAUGGAAACUGGCUGACCCACUACGACGGGACUGGCACGGAGCUAUGGGAACAGACCAACGGCAAUCUUGAUGGAUUCGUUGACUACGUCGGCUCGGGAGGCACCCGGUCUCACAAGCAGAACAUCCCAUUCAGGGAGGAGGCUACGUGA